UGUAGAUUCAGUCCCUCAUUUUUCGAUUUGUUUCCAACUUAUUUGAUAUGGCGAGAAUCAAGAAAAAAUGCUUCAGAAUUCCUUCAAAAUUUCCACAAAUAAAAAUAUGAGAACAAGCAGGUUUUACUGAUGUUUCAAAAAUUCUAGUCAGUUUUUUCGUUCGCUGGACACCCAGUAUAUUUGUGCGUGUACGUAACGUGUAAAGAUGAUGAAGGCGUGAGACGCUUACGCGUGAAUGCACUUUAGAAUUGCGUGCGACCAACUUCGUAUAAGUAUAACGAACUUACUCACAGAUACCUAGGCAUUAUUUUGCUUUGCUUUGUAAGUUGCUGCAGCGUAGAAAGUUUUUAAAAAAAUUAAAAAUUAGCUGCAGAAAGUUGACAGUAUGCGUGAAUGGAAAAUAAAUUUUUCCGCGUUUCAUUUGCCUCUGCGGUAUAUCUUAUCGAUUGAGAAAUAAAAAACAGACGAAUGUGGAUAAAAUCACGUUUGAUCGACGACCCCGAAAUUAUGAAGUAACCUAGUAAUUUGAAAUUUUUUAAAACGCCCCCAGGAAUCACGGUUGUAAAUUUUGUAAAGUAGUUCUGAUCUAUACCAUUCUGAAAAAAAUGCAGCAGGAAACGAAGAGAAAAAAAAUUAAGUCCAAAAAAAUAACGAGUCUUGAUGAGAAGCAGAGCAGAAAUUCGAUCAGAUCCGAUAACCUGCACGUCGCUUUGACGCCUUCUACUUUCCGAAAAUUCCAAACUUCUGAUUCUAGGCCUUCGACCGCGAAGUCCGCGAGAUCGGUAGUGGUGGCGAAAGAGAAGAAUAAAAAAUUCAUGGAAAACCGGAAAUUCGGUAUCUCUUCGACGCCGCCUUCCGAUUAUGUCCCGAAGAACGUGGCAGUUCAUUUUACAAGUUUUUAUGAAAAUCAGGAUCGUCGGAUCGGUGGUUCACUGCCGCAUAGCGCCGAUGAAAAACAGACUGGACUGGUAGACGCGAAGAUAAAUUCUCCGCCGAAAAUGGAAUUCACAAGACAGAUGGUUUACAGGCUCGAAAAUUCCGCCGGUACGGAAAAUUACGGAAAACAGGUAUCGGCGCUUUUGGACGACACUGUGGAGUCUCCGGAUUUUGACUUAAAGUUACCGCCGAUCGACAAUUGCGCACCAAAUUUCGGAAAAGCUAACGACGUUUCCUACCCUCUGUGGUACAAGGAUCCCAACAAGAUGCCACAAAUUUCGUCCGAGCAAUUUCGAGAAUUGAAGGUGAGGUACCAAGAAGUGAAUAAAAAGAGAUUUGAAAACCCGGAAGUUCGAAAUUACGACUCUAGUUCGGAAACGAAAUCUGAAGUCGAAUCAACCGAAGCUGAAAACGACUCUUCCGACGAUGAAAACAAUUCUAGCAACAAUUCUUAUAGCACAGAUAUGAUGGAAAACAAAGAAUUAAAAAGAUCCCUCGAAGAUCUCGUUGAAGAUUCAAUUUCAAAAACGAACUGCACCUCUAUCUCAUCUUCGCCAAGUACGUGCGAAACGGAAACCGACGAAGAAGUAAAGGAAGAAGAUUCGAUCAGCUGGGAAACAUCCGACGACGAAGAUUCCAAAGUCAAACCCAAGGUCUCCCGUGCGAUUCCCACCGCAAAAUUGAACAAGGAAUUAAUCGCCCGUUCCAGGAUCCCCGUCAAACUUUGACGACCGAUUUUCCAGCCCAAAUAUUUCGGGAUGAAUAAUUUCGACUCUUCAAAUUCUUGAAUUGUAAAACAGAAAUUAUCCUCCGCAUCGCGAUCGCGUCGAAAUUCAACAUCAAAUACGUCAAUACCAACUAUUCUUUCGACGCCGAUCGGACCCCAAGGGGUCGUAGAAGCGGUCGAACAAGAUUUCAGCCGAUGACGCGACGACGACCUGCAGUUCGACUCGGCCCGGACGUUUGACGGCGUUUUUAAUCAGAUGUAACAGCUGAUAUUUUCAAAUAAUCUUUCUCAGCUACUGCAGAAGAUAUUAAAGUUACGGUAUAUUAAAUACCCGCGGGCCGUUGAACGCCUCCAAUUAAUUCACCUCUCGAAUAAUAAUUGAAAUAACGAACGCUCCGCAGCUAUUUCGCAUUAAUUAAGAUCAACUGUUAAUUCUUCGUAUGUGCUGUACCAUGUUACGUAUACAGAUAUGGGUGAGUAUGGACGAACAACAUUGAUUUUCGGUUCUCCAUUUCGCGUCCAUGAUAUAAUUCGUUGAAAUAUACUUGGCGCUUGUACUCUACCGAGUCUAUUAAUAAAUGCAACAAAAACUGUUUCCUAAUUUUUCCGACCGCUAUGUUUUCAGUCUUUUUCGAUUUUUCUUUUUUCUGCUAUACGAUGGUGUCAGCCACCUGUACAAAUUGUAAAUCUAC